AAAAGGCUAGUGGUUACUGCAGAAUCAGCCAGUGUCAGAGUGUCCUGGCAUGCAGUAGAAGAUGUUGAAAGAUACGCUGUCACAUUCUCUCAAGUUCAGGGAUAUUAUCAGCAGGGGCAGUGCAACCGUACUGACUCUCAUACUGCCACUCUGACAGUCAGUGCUCCCUCCACUACUGCCAGUAUUGCUGUUGGAGGAGAUGUGGGGUCAACAGUGACUGAUAUGUUGAGAGCCUACACCACAUAUGAGGUGACUGUGAAGGCAGUCAGUGAUGUCAGAGGUACAAGUCGACCUAGUGAGACCAAGAGAGUUCUAACACCACAGACAAGUGCAGGAGAGGCUCCAGGGGAUGUGAGAGCAGAGGCUGAGAGCUCCACUGAGAUCUCUGUCCAGUGGAGUGGCCUCUCCAACUGUAGACUGGUCAAUGGUCGAAUCACUAAAUACAGAGUUCAAUAUGAGACUUGUUCAACGACUGAGACUAGAGACUAUACUCUGGGAGAUAGUGAAAACUGGAACAGUGGAGGACGAGUUACUCUGACUGGACUGAGUCCCUUCACAAACUACUCCAUAUCAGUAGCAGCUGUGAAUGAGAAUGGAGAUGUUGGACUAUAUUCUGACCCCUCAACUGUACUAACUCUGCAAGCAAGUAUCACAUGUACAAUCAUAGCUACAUCAGACUCGUGCAUUCAGAGUGAUUCAUCAGCAUUGGUAGCAUAUCUUGGUGGUGUGUUGGGAGUGGUGAUUGUGACUGCUAUAGUAGUGCAGGCUAUGGUGAUAGUCUUUUUCAUCAGGAAACUCCAAAGAGCUAAAGCCUCCACGAACACUACUGGCGUAGAAAUGCCCACAUUGUCAGGAAAU